UCCAAUUGGUCCAAAAAUGGUUUUACUACAAAUAAUGUUUAUUCAUCUAUUGAUUCAAGCAUCGUAUACUGACGGGCAGAACGAUGGAAUGCUCAUCCUGCCUAUAUUCUACUCGAUGGCAGAAGAAUUAACCUUGGUAUCCACUUUUGGUCGUGUGCUGGCAGGUUUCUUUUUUUUUUUUUCCCCUAAUGUGCAAUAUGUGUCCUGGAUCAGUAAUAUAAUCAUGUCAAACUCUUGCAGAGUUCCUGGCAAAGCCUGAUUUAAAAAAAACAAAAACAAAAAAAAACCAUGCAAACGUCGACAAAAAUGACAUUGGGCAUAGCAACAGUAGUCGUGCCGUCAUCUGUAGUCGCUAAUGCAGCCGCACUUCAGUACUUGAGUAGAAUUUUAAUAACUUGGCGCAAUGAAAGCAAAACUUCUCUGCACACAAAAUCGUUUCCCUCUUUUAACUUUUAACAAAUCACGUUGCCACACGAGAAAGCAACAAAGUCCCGUAACUGUUUGUUUGCGAACUGAGUCACAAAAAAUGCUGACGUAGCUAAUACUAACAACCCAAAAAGUGUUUUCAAAUGUAGAGAUUUAAAAUGUAAACCGCUCCCUAAAGUACAGAUGUCUGAAAAAUCUUUAAAAAAAAAAAAAAAAAAAAUGUGUCGUUGGUUCUCAACUUGGCACCGCUGGCCAAAUGAUGGAACGUUUGAUUGGAAGGUCCGGGCCCGGGUUCGCCAGCUCGCACGCGCACGCGGCCAUCAAGCGCUCGUUAGAUGUCACCUGAAGCUAAACGAGAUUAAAGUCAAAGCCUCUUUCUGCCGCUUGCUGGCUCCUUCCGCCUGACUCGGCGUCAGUUUGCAGGCUUUUCUGUAGACAAAUGAAGCUCGGACACGAAGUUUGACGCUGACGAGCACCGAGUGUGACGUUUGCUGGCUGCUCGACUGCUCUGAGUGACAAUGCCGCUGGCCAGGUGGUUGCUGGCGCUGUGCUUGUGGUGGCUAAGCGUUGCAGAGGUUUGGAGCGCCACCUUCAAGUUGGCUCUCAUCGGUCCCUGGUCCUGUGAUCCAAUGUUCUCCAGGGCAAUGCCGACGGCGGCCGCCAACUUGGCACUGUCCAGGCUACGCAGUGAUGGCGGCUUGAGCCAAGGCUACUGGUAUGAUGUCAAACUGCUUGAUGAGGACUGUUCCACUUCCAGAGCUUUGACGGAACUUGUUGACAUGGAGGGUUACGGUCACGCCUACAUUGGACCCUUCAGCCCCGCCCUUUGUCACGCCGCCUCUUUAUUGGCUCAACACUGGGAGGCGGGGCUGGCCUCGCCCGGCUGCCUCGAUGCCGAUUGGCCGAACCUGCCGCCCGUCCCUCCCCCCAGCAGGGUCCUGUUCACGGUGCUCCGGUUCUUUCGCUGGGCGCACGUUGGCGUCAUCUCAGCGCCGGUCGACAUUUGGAGGAGCACCGGACAGGAAGUGGCCUCCGCCCUCAGGGGCCUGGGCUUACCGGUCGGCCCGGUUGUCACCAUGGAAACGAAGACGAAGGACGGCCCUCGGAAUGCGCUUCAAGUAAUCAGAGAUGCGGACAAGGUCAAAGUGGUCAUCUUGUGCAUGAGCUCCGUCCUUAUUGGUGGGGAGGAUCAGAGAAAGCUCCUAUUGGCCGCUCUCGAUAUGGGCAUGGUCUCUGAUGGCUACGUCUUCAUCCCUUACGACGCCCUGCUGUACGCGCUGCCCUACCAGGACACGGCGUUCCCCCAGCUGAGCCGCAGCACCCGACUUCGUCACGCCUACGGCUCCGUUCUGACCGUUACAAUGGCGUCGGAUCAGAAUUUCUACAAAGCUUUCCGUCAGGCCCAAAUGAACAGAGAGAUCCGAUCGCUCGUGUCGGCAACGGAGGUGUCGCCGCUCUUUGGGACCAUCUUCAACAUGGUUUACUUCGUCGCGAAGGCCGUGGAGGAGCGUCGGCGGGCGGUCGGCGGGCGAUGGGUGACCGGCGAUCAGCUGCUCCGGUUGGACGGAGGCUUUGAAUAUCAGGGAUUCAAUCAGGUGUUGUACGGCGGCAGAGGUGGCAACGGUAUGCGGGCCGGCUACGUGGUGUUGGACUGUGACGGCGACAAACUUGUGCCCACGCACACGCUCGCUCCAACGCACGUCAUCGGGCCGGUCGGAAGUCUGAAGCCGCUGAGGCGCUCCUUCGACUUCCCGGGAGGGAAACCCCCGAGGGCCCGCUCCUGUUGGUUCGAUCCAGACGAGGCUUGCAAAGACCCAGACGCUGUGGCGGGCUUGUUUUUCUUCACGUUGAUCUGCCUUCUGCUCGGAGCCAUUUUCUUUUGGAUCAGGAAGCACAGGGGAGCAGAGACCACCUCGAAAGUCAUUCUGACGCUGGAUGACGUCGUCUUCAUCGACACUCAAGUCAGCAUGAAGAAGCUGAACGACGAGUCGAUCAUGAGAAGUCUUCUUGAAAUCAAAACGCCUUUCCGCUCCAUCGCCAGAAGCUACAUAUUGACGACCCCCGAGCGCUCCAAUAUCGGAAUACUGGAGGGUGACUGGGUUUGGCUGAAGAAGUUACCGGCGGCGGGGAAUAUGACAGCCGUCAAUCAACACACACAGAUGAUCUUCAGCCAGUUAAGGGAUAUGCGACACGAAAACCUCAACCUCUACUUGGGCAUGUUCGUGGACUCUGGAAUCUUUGCCAUGGUGGUGGAACACUGCCCUCGCGGCAGCCUGGCUGACCUGUUGGCCGACGGCGACAUCAGGUUGGAUUGGAUGUUCAAGUCGUCCUUCCUGAUGGACCUCAUCAAGGGGAUGAAGCAUCUCCAUUUACGCCGUUUAAGUCACGGCCGUCUCAAGUCCACAAACUGUCUGGUCGACGGGCGCUUUGUCCUGAAGAUCACGGAUUACGGGGUUCCCAUGAUCCUUCACUCGGAGAGACUGGACGUUUCUGAGGACCCGCAAGGUGUCCGUCCGUCUGCCCUUCCGCAUUGUGAAAGUUUCCUUCGUCGGCUAAAGCUGCUGUGGACCGCACCCGAGAUCCUGAGGCGCCCCGUCAGAGGAGGCACCAUGGCUGGGGACGUGUUCAGCUUCGCCAUCAUCAUACAGGAAGUGAUAUCGCGAACGCUCCCCUACCCCAUGAUGGACAUGCCCGCCCUAGAGAUCUUGGAGCGCUUGAAGCAGCCUCCCCCUCUGUGCCGGCCCAUCGUUUCGGUGGACGAAGCGCCGCCCGAAUGUCUCACUCUGAUGAACGAAUGUUGGAACGAAGACCCCGCCAAGAGGCCGAGCUUCGACGAGAUCUUCAAACAGUUUCGGGGCAUCAACAGAGGGAGGAAAGCAAACAUCAUUGACUCCAUGCUGCGGAUGUUGGAGCAGUACAGUUCCAACCUGGAAGAUCUGAUCCGAGAAAGGACGGAUGAACUCGAGGUGGAGCGAAGCAAGACGGACAAGCUGGUGGGACAACUGCUGCCCAAGUCUGUGGCUCAGGCGCUGAAGAAAGGGAAGCCAGUUCGCCCGGAGCAUUACUCGGACUGCACGCUCUACUUCAGCGACAUCGUCGGAUUCACGACCAUCUCGGCUCUCAGCGAGCCCAUCGAGGUGGUGGACCUGCUCAAUGACCUCUAUACCAUGUUUGAUGCCAUCAUUGCGUCCCAUGACGUCUACAAGGUGGAAACGAUUGGAGACGCGUACAUGGUGGCGUCCGGCGUUCCCAACCGGAACGGCCAUCGGCACGCGGCCGAGGUGUCCAACAUGUCGCUGGAUAUCCUGCACUCCAUUGGAACGUUUAAGAUCAAGCACAUGCCGGAGAUUAAAGUCAAGAUAAGAAUCGGACUCCACUCUGGUCCAGUUGUGGCAGGCGUGGUGGGUCUCAUGAUGCCCAGGUACUGUCUGUUCGGAGAUACUGUGACCACCGCUUCGCACAUGGAAGCCAGCGGACUUUCAUACAGAAUCCACAUUAGUCUGAGUACGGUGAAGGUCCUGACGAGCCUCAAACUGGGCUACCACAUGGAGACCAGAAAAGCUCAGGUGAAAGGUUCAGAGGACACCUUUUGGCUGGUGGGGCGAGACGGCUUCAAUAAACCUCUGCCUGUUCCCCCGGACGUGAAGGGAGGGGCCAGUAACCAUGGAAUCAGUCUGGACGAAAUCCCUGUUGAAAGAAGACAGAAGUUUCUGGACCGACAGAAGAAAAUCAAGAAAUAGACAGUGCCAAUAAUAAACGCGCGCGCGCGCACACACUACCUCUGAGUCUGAGCAUGUACAAUUUACUGUAAACAGGGUUAUUUUUGUGUAUUUUCUUAGGGUUAAAAAAAAAAAACCAAGCAAAAUCUAUGUGGACACUGUACUUUGCAGUAUACCAGAAGUGCCCUGCUGAGAAAGUGUUGAGCAAACCAGCCUGCAACAGGUUAAAAAAACAAAAACAAACUUUGCAUGGAUCUUUUUCCAAAAGGCAAUGUAAGGUAAGUUGAUAAUGUAGCCAAUUUAUGAAACUUAAAUGUUAUUUUAACACUAAAAACAAUCCUUAUUUUCUGCUCAGAAUUUGUGCUCACUAACCCUAACGCAAUCGUUAAGAUGUGAUUGAUUGCAAAAUAGCAAAUCUGUUUUCAAGUAUGUUGGAGUAAGUACAUGUUCAUAUUGUUUAUACUGUAUUUUAAUACGGUAAUUAUGUUGAUGGAUAAAAGCAUGUGUUCAGAGCAA